AUGCAGAAAAGAAUUGCAGAGGAGCUAAGACUUGACCAUAAGACCAUGUCCAUGUUUGACGAGCUCGACGAAGAGGAUGACUUCAAUGGGGUGGACCACGGCUCUAGGGACCGGGUACGAAGUGUUGCAGCAGUGAUUGACCGAACCUUGAGGGAGGGUAGAUUCAUGAUGGUUUUUAUCAAUGGGAGUGAUGAUGAGGUGCUUCUAGGUAGACUUGGUAUUCCAGAAAAUAGUGACUGCAUGAUAGUGUGGACUUUCAGUACAAGGUGCGUGACAAUGGGCUCCUACUAUACCUAUACCUAUACCAAUAAGAUAGCAGAGAAGCUAAGAUAUACGGAUGUUCUGGUUUCUUGCCACAGUUCUGCUGGAGGUUUAUCAAGCUCACAGUUUAUGGCACUGUUUAGUGAAGAGGCUGCUAACAUAGUUGCUCGUCACCCAUGUAUGCAGGGUGUGGACUUGACAACGGUGGUAGAUUGUUGUCUCUAUGGACUGCAUCUACACCACAGUUUUCAUGGCACCACUGGAUUUGUUUGGCCAACUCAUUCUUCCAACUACUGGAUAUGUGAUGGGAUCAUGCAACAAGGGAAAGAGAACGAGAUCAGCAAUGCAUUGCAUCCAGAAAUAAUCUUCGAGUGUGAUGCCUCUGUGCUUGAUGCUGUGUUUCAAAAGUUCAACGAUGACCCGAAGACUCCUUUUCUCGUAGUUAAGGAUGGUGACGAUGAUAUCUAUGAGGAGAGGCCUAAUUAUUAUCGUUGGAUUUCUAUCUCCUUGAAGAAUAAGAAAGUACAUGAGGGUAUGCAAAAUAUACUUGAAAGGGCUUCGUCAACCUUCCUAGCACUUGAAACAAAGCAUAGACCAUAUAGAUUGCCAAAUACCUUGUUUAAACAGUGCAACAAACUUGGUGUGCUGGUUCUCUCAUGUUGUGCCUUCAGUUUUGUAUCCCCUCCUUUCCUCCACUGCAAUAAAUUAAGAUUUGUUGGGCUGGACAACUGCACACAUCAGAAUAAUAAUACAAGUAGUGAACCUGAACGACGGGACUGUAUCACCAAGUGGGCAUUUCUGCAAAGCCUGUGGGUGCUUGACCUGCGUUACACAGACUGGGGUGAGAUCUUAUCUGAGGAAAAGAUAGGUCUUAUGGCUAAUAUCACAGAACUAAAUAUAGAAGGAGCUAGGUGCUGGCAAUAUACGGGUCAAUUAUUAGAGAAAAGGUUACCUUACCUUCAAAGAAUUCGGAUAAUCAAACCUACACAUCAGGAAGAGACGACAUCCUUGGACAUCAACAACUCAUUUGUGGGUAAGAAACAGCUAGAAAUACUUGAUUUGUCUGGUAACAGUGACAUGAAAAGCCUACCGACAAGCCUAUCAGAGGCAAGCAAACUUCAAGUGCUUGUUCUAGAUGGUUGUGAUGGGCUUGAGAAUGUUGUGCUGCACAACUCCUUGCUAAGGUCAUUCAGUUUUGAUGGCUAUGGACCAGCAUCCCAUUGGACAUCAACCGGCAAGCUACCUCCAACGAGUUCUCGUCCAAAGGGUCCAUCUGCUGUAGAUAAUAAGAAGGAUGUCAGAGCCUGCAAGAUAUCUCUAGAAGGUUGCACAUUGUUGGAGGAUCUGUUCUUGCGUGGGCUUCCCAACCUGGAGGAGCUGGACCUUUCAGGAUGUGCGAUCAAGGUAUUUGACUUUGGAGCUAUGGUGGUGGAUGUUCCGAGGCUCAAGCGACUCUUCCUGCUAGGCUGCGAGAACCUUCGUGCAAUAAAGUGGGGCUCAGAUGUGCAACGACCGAAGCUGCUGGAGUUGAUCUGCAUAGACACACGGCCUAGAGUUGGAUGUGCUCGGCCAUUGUCCCUUUGCGCCCAACAGAAAUCCUUCCAGCUGCAGGUGCACGCAAUCUUUGCGGAUGCUAGGCUUGCUCGGUCCCUUUGGGCUCCCAUAGAUAGUGCACUUUCCGAGGAUGCCCAUUGUUAUUUCAACAUCAACAUCACCUCUUCAGCUACAUGCAUGGAGACUAUUCAACCUGAAGCAACAACGGAUAAGGAGAAGGUGACUGGAUCCAUUGAUGACCAACGACACUAUGACAUAGCUGCUAGAGACAUGUAUUGUGACAUCUUUACCAAGGUUGGUAAUAGCCCAACCCCGAUGCAGGCCUUCCCGCAAAGAGAUAGCGCCGUCGAGCAUCAUUGUUCUUAG